UUUUUUUCUCCUCCAUCCCUCACUGAUCUCUCUCUCUGAUCACACUCAUUUCUUUUAUAUUCAAUCUCAACCCAAAGUCAAUUUAAAAAAAAAAUUGGCCAUGAACAACUCUUCGCAGCAGCAACUGCCACAACAGCAGGAUUAUCAACAGCAGCAACACCAGCCAUCGCUUGUUAAACAAGAACCUCAAGAGUCGAUCCAACUCGCCACUCCUCAGUCAUACCAGCAACAACCCUUCCAGUAUCCCCAUCAGGCGCAGCCCAGCCAUAAUCAUGGUCAAUCCUAUACUGGCCUCCAAGGAUCCUCCAACGGGAACAUCAAUUCAUUCUCUGCAUUGCCGUCCAACCCCUAUAAUAUCAGUAGCCAUUUAAUGGGCCUAAGCAUGCAAAACAAUGCGUCCUCUACUUCUGCCUCAGGUCUGAACUCGUCCUCUUUGGCCUCAGUAUCAUCAAACACCGGGCUGAUAAGUGGCACCAAUAGUGGCUCGACCACGCCUGCUCUAGCCUAUGUUUCUGCACCAUCCUCACCAAUCUUGGGUAAUUUGCAGUACAACCCAUCCUACAACCAGAACAACUCGAGCCUCUAUCAUCAGCAUCCCCAUCAACAGCAUCAACAGCAUUCCAACCAAUAUUCAUACCACAAUCAGCAGCAGCAUCAGCCCAUGACAUCUAGCAACUUGAGUUCAAGCUUUUAUCCUGCCUCUCCGCCUCAUCAGCAUCAACAGCAACAGCAACAGACUUCUAGCACACCAUUUACUGGAAUGCCCUCUACUCCGUUACGCCAACAGCAGUCGCAAUACGCCCCUUUGGUGCCUCCUAUGCCAGAUGCGCAGUACGCUCAGUACCAUCAAAUCUUAGGAUCAGCCCUAAGCUCUGCAGCGUCAACGCCCUAUCAUUCGAAUCAUUCUACGCCCUAUAGCUCUAUGCCUACCUCUCCAACACUCGAAUAUCAGCAAUUGGCCGAUCCUAAUGCAGUACAGAAGCCCAAGCGUCGUCAGGUCAAGAAUGCUUGUGUGAACUGCCAAAAGGCUUGCAAAAAAUGUGACGAAGGAAGACCAUGUAUGCGAUGCAUCAAAUAUGGUCUCCAGGAGACCUGUGUUGAUUCUACUCGUAAGGUUCGUAAAAAGGGUAUCAAGCGUGGACCUUACAAACGCAAGGUCCCUCCAAGCCAGCUGGGAUCAGCCUCAGCCUCGGCAACCCCCACAUUGAGCCAUGCGGUCCUUAAUGGCGGACCAACAGGAUAUAUGUCAGAGCCUGUAACGGCACUUAACAGCCCUACUCAAUCUCACAUGCUUCCCUUCACCACAUCAUCAUCCACCAUGGGCAUUGGCUAUGGUGCAAACUCAGGGUCCAGCAAUGGGUAUCCAUUCCAGACACAAGGUAUCGACAACAGCUAUGUGCCAUCUUACACUACCAGCUAUUCAGGCGCCAGUCUAUACUCCACUCCCUAUGGCAUGAAUGAUGGCGGUAAUGUCGGUAGUAGCAGCAGUACCAACAACACUAACAACAGCAACAAUCAUUACAGUAAUUUGGCAUAACACUUUAGAAAAUUUUACACGACUUUGCAUUGACAAUGUAGUAAUAAAAUAAGUGAAAAAUAG